AUGGGGGCUUAUGAAAGGGACCGAGCAGCCCAUCUGAAAGAGCUCUCAACAAUCGUUAGAGGAAAUAAACCGUGCAAGGAAACCUCCAUCAACGGCCUGCUGGAGGACUUUGACAACAUUUCCGUGACUCGCUCCAACUCCCUAAGGAAGGAAAGCCCGCCCACCCCAGACCAGGGAGCCUCCAGCCACGGUCAAGGCCAUCGGGAAGAAAAUGGCUUCAUCACCUUCUCACAGUAUUCCAGCGAAUCCGAUACCACUGCUGACUACCCGACUGAGAAGUAUCGAGAGAAAAGUCUCUAUGGCGACGACCUGGAUCCAUUUUAUAAGAGCAGCCAUGUGGCCAAGCAAAAUGGGCACGUCACAAAGACCAAACACGGGGAGGCCCACUAUCCUGAGAUGAAGCCUUGGAAGUCCGAUCUCGCCAGAUUUCCCCUUGAUUAUCAUGCACACUUGGACUCACUAAGUAAACCAAGUGAAUACAGCGACCUCAAGUGGGAGUACCAGAGAGCCUCAAGCAGUUCCCCUCUAGAUUAUCCAUUCCAGUUCACGCCUUCUCGAACUGCAGGCACCAGUGGGUGCUCCAAGGAGAGUCUGGUGUUCAGCGAAAGCGAGUGGGGACCCAGCCUGGAUGACUAUGAUAGGAGGCCAAAGUCAUCCUACCUGAAUCAGACCAGCCCUCAGCCUACCAUGCGGCAGAGGUCCAGGUCAGGCUCGGGGCUCCAGGAACCGAUGAUGCCCUUCGGAGCCAGUGCAUUUAAAACCCACCCCCAAGGACACUCGUACAACUCCUACACCUACCCUCGCUUGUCCGAGCCCACAAUGUGCAUUCCAAAGGUGGAUUACGAUCGAGCACAGAUGGUCCUCAGCCCUCCACUGUCAGGGUCUGACACCUACCCCAGGGGCCCCGCCAAACUACCUCAAAGUCAAAGCAAAGUGGGCUAUUCCUCAAGCAGCCACCAGUACCCAUCUGGGUACCACAAAGCCACCCUGUACCACCACCCCUCCCUGCAGACCAGUUCCCAGUACAUCUCCACGGCUUCUUACCUGAGCUCCCUGAGUAUCUCAUCCAGCACCUACCCCCCACCCAGCUGGGGUUCCUCUUCAGACCAGCAGCCCUCCAGGGUGUCCCACGAACAGUUUCGGGCUGCUCUGCAGCUGGUAGUCAGCCCAGGAGACCCCAGGGAAUACCUGGACAACUUUAUCAAAAUCGGAGAAGGGUCAACCGGCAUUGUGUGCAUCGCCACCGAGAAACACACGGGGAAACAAGUCGCUGUGAAGAAGAUGGACCUCCGAAAGCAACAGAGGCGAGAACUGCUUUUUAAUGAGGUAGAUGGUGUGUUCAGAUCACUCUUUCUCUCCUGUGUAACGUUUACUUCCCAUUUCAAAAAUAUUACCUGUACAGUUCAGGACAUCAGAAAGCACUGA